CAUGGCUGAUUUGGUCUGAAUAUGCGGCUUUGCUCAAACUGAAGCACAGAAGUACACGAGCCGUUGAAUUCCAUGCCCUAGGGUUUUAGCUCGAUGCUCGAUUACGCCGCGCCCUCUACUCUUCCCGGCGAUUUCAAUGUCCGAGCUCUACGUUUCGCACUCUGCUGUCCCCAUCCAUGGCGUAGAUUUGUAAAAAACCAUCAAUUUGGAAUUGCCAAUGGGUAUACCCGAGUAAACCAUUCGCUCAUUCCAAGUCCUCUAACGCUUGACAAUAGGAACGGUUACAGCAUUCCGAUAAGUAACAAGGGGGAGCGCCCUGAAUUAAAUCGUGGGGGAUUUCUUUGCUCAUCUUCAUCUAUAUCAAGUUCGGCGGAGAACAGCGGCAGCUCCAGUGAUGAAAACCCAAGCACGUUUGAAUCUCUUAAAGAAUUUUCAGGUUUGAGGCCAAGUAUCAGAGGCGAGAAAGAGAGGAAUGGGAAUGGAGCUCCGGUGUUCACUACGUUCGAUUUUCUCGAGUUAAAGAGGGAGCUUGAGAAGGAGGAGAACGCCAGAGCGGGUUCUAUGGAGGAAGAGUUGAGGUCCGAAGGUUUUGAUGAAACAUCUUCGUCUUCAGUGAAGGAAGGAAUUGUGGUUGGUAAGUCUUGUGAUAGAGGUGGAAGGCGGGUGAUGAGGAGGUCGAAUUUGCUAGCGAAGCAGGUGAUCAGCAUGGAGUCUGCUUGUAGCUUGGGUUUUGUCUCACAGCUGUGGAUUGACACGAGAUCGUGGGUGGUAGCGUUGGUCGAGGUGAGACCAAAUUUUCUCUCUGGAGAUGCUGAAAAGUUUCUUCUGGAGGAUGUGUAUCAGGUGGGAGAUGUCGUACUUGUUCGAGAUGAGUCUGUGUUGGAAAAUGAGCUUAAGAUGACUGGUUUGGAUACAUUGGUAGGAUAUGAUGUGGUCAGGCCUGGUAGACGCAGCAUUGGUAAGAUCCGUGGUUACACUUUCAACAUCAAUACUGGUGCUGUUGAAUCACUUGAGUUUGACUCAUUUGGCUUUUCCAUCAUCCCAUCGAGUCUGGUGAGCACCUACCGCUUAUCAGUUGAAGAUGUUCUUGAUGUGGAAUCUGAUAAGGUCAUUGUGUAUGAAGAAGCUUUGUCUCAUGUUCAAAGGUUAACAAAGGGCAUUUGGGAUACUGGAAAUAUAGGCCAAUCUAGAGACCACCUGGAAGCAAGUCAUUAUUUCAGAAGAAAAAAAGCAUAUUCAGAUCAAAGGCGAAGCAGCCAAAGCUUUAGGAGCCCAAAGUCCCCUGAAGGAGUUGAAGACUGGGAUCUCCCAAUGGAUUAUUGAACUUCCUACUUAUUCAUUCCAAUGUAAGUGAUUAUGUUUUACUGUUCGAAUACAUAAUGAUUAAAUUAGUGUGAUUCCUCUGCUAAUAUCAGUUCUAUUUGCUCAACCCUAAACUUUAUGUAAAA